AUGCAGACUACUGAAACAACAUUACGAAUGGCUGAAAGUGAGGAAUUCCCAACGGAAGUUGAAAUUUUCGAAGAUGUCCACGAUUCUCAGUUUAUUCGACCCAUGAGGAUGAAAUUUAAAAGGGGUGACAAGCUUAUCAAAUGGGAUCUUAUUCUACGUCAUGAUAGUGUUGCCUGCUUACUAUACCAUAAACAGAAGCAGUUGUUAUUGUUUGUAAAACAGUUCCGGCCGGCUGUUUAUAUAUCAAGAGUACGUAAGCUGGAUGAAAACGUUAAUAAAAAAUGGAGUGAAAUAAAUUGGUCGAAAUAUCCGAUAAGUAUGGGUGAAACGAUCGAGCUUUGUGCUGGCCUUAUUGAUAAACCAAAAGUUAGCUGGAGAAAGCAUAUGCAAGAAGAAAUUCAUGAAGAAUGUGGCUAUAGUGUCAACGAAACUGAUAUUCAGAGCAUAAAAACAUUCGUAACAGGUGUCGGUUCAUCGGGUGCCCGGCAAGAAUUAUUUUACGCUGAGAUCGACGAAACCAUGAAAGUUAGCGAAGGAGGCGGCAUAGAUUCUGAAAAAAUCGAGAAGAUUUUCAUGACGAUACCUGAAGCGCAAAAGUAUUGUGACCAAAAGGAAGUAACAAGUUCUCCCGGAAUGCUUUAUGGUUUGAUGUGGUUUUUCAAAAAUCGGAUGUAAAUGAGUAGCAAAGAUUGAGAAAACUUGUGCGGCUUAUCUUGAAGCCAAAUCUUGAAGAUCUUUUCUGAUAUUAGUUCAUUCCUAGGUGAAUCCUUCGACAAAUCUCCAUUUCGGGAGUAUAUGUAGUCUAAUUGCUUAAAAACAAACGUUAAAAAUCUAUAACACGCAUGAAGUACCUUAAUCCAGUCCAACAAAAAUCAAAGAAAACAGUCGAAGGAUUAUGAUAACCCAGAUUAACUUGAGCCGUUGUGUACGAAUAGAUACAUAAAGAAAGCAUAUGCAAGGAAGAAUCAAUAUGAAGUAGGUAACCUAGAGAAUAUAUGAACUUAUAUUUCGAGAAUUAAGCU